AUGUCGUCCCCUCAGAAGUAUACUUACGAGAUCAUCUCCUUCCCCACCUCCGAGGGGUACAUGAAGGACCACAGCCUCUUCAAGCCCGUCACCGACUUCAUCGGCGAGAACUCCCCCGGACCCAUCUACACCGGGCUUCAACUCAACGACCCGAAGAACCGUCUGACGGGCUUUGUCGGAUGGAACGACGUCAAGCAGCACGAAGACUUCGAGAAGCAACCGGUUUAUGCUAAGCUUGGACCCCUUGUCCAGCCCGUCGCCGCCGGGGAGUCCCAAGUGUACCAUGCUGCCUUUGAAGGCGACGAGAUGGCUUGCUUCGAGGCGCCCGUCACCGAGCUGGUGUGGGUUACGCCCCAGCCCGGAGUCAAGAUCGACGACGUCACGAAGCUGGUCGUGCAGGCUGUAGAGCAGGCGAACAACGAGGUGAUGGAGGGCAGACAUCUGCAUAUGAACGGCGAAGAGCAUGAGUGCUUCGGCGCGACUUGGGGCCGUGUUGUCGAGAAGGACAUACUCGUGUACAUCGCCGGCUGGUCCUCUAUUGCGUCUCGAGAGGAAUUUGCGAAGGAGUUCGCACAGAACGCAAAGACGGCCAUCAAGGGCAUAACCGUAAACGUCCGCCACGGCCACCAUUGGCACGUCAAGCAGGCGCGUUCGUAUGAGGACGUAGCCACCACGUCCGUCUCGUACCUCGAACUCGAAGAUGGCCGGGACAACUCUGAAUCCGGCGCCGGUAACGGCUCUCAGGGAGGUGAUUCUAGUAAGCCUGGGAAGAUCACCGGUCGGCCAAUGUACGAGGUCAUCCAGUUCCCAACCUCGGAGAAGUACAUGAAGGACCGUGCCAUCUUCAAGCCUGUAACGGACUUCAUCAGCAAGCAUGCCCCAGGAGCCAUAUACACAGGUACUCAGGUCGAGGACCCCAAGAACAAGUUGACCGGGUUCGUCGGCUGGCAAUCCGUGCAGCAGCACGAUGACUUAGAGAAUGCGCCCGACUACGCGGAGCUGGGUCCUCUGGUCGAGCCCGUCGCAGCGGGCGAAUCGACCGUCUACCACUGCUCCUUCGAAGGCACCGACGAGCAGACCCUCUUCAACGCUCCUUACACCGAGCUUGACGUCAUCACUCCGAGGGGCGGCGCCUCUAUAGAUACCACGAUAGAGCUGAUCAAGUUCUUCGCAGACCUGUGCAACAAGGAGGUCAAGGAGGGCAAGCGCAUGAACAAGGAUGAUACUCAGCGUGAGAACUACGGUGCCGCUUGGGGAAAGGUUGUCGAUCAGGACAUCAUCUUCUAUCUGGGCGGAUGGUCAGACGUCAAGACGCAUAUGAAGUGGGCUGAGAGCUGGGAGAAACCGAUGAACGACAAGGCGAAGUCGAUGAAGCUGACCUUCCGCGACAAGCAUCACUGGAUCCGCACACCCGUAACGAAGUAUAGCCAAGUCGCAGACCAGAAGAUUGUGCAUCUGCAACUCAGCAACGGCCGCGCCUAA